AUGAACCAAUUCCAUGUGUUAUUUAUUGACUCAUAUGAUUCAUUCACCUAUAAUGUUGUUAGAUUGAUUGAACAACAGAUUGCAAAAGGUUAUAGCUCUAUCCAUGUGACGAUUAUUCACAACAAUAGCUUCAACGAUAUUAAUGAACUGGAUAACUAUUUGAAAUACUUUGAUUGCAUUGUGAUAGGUCCUGGACCUGGGAAUCCGAUGAAUGGCUUAGAUGAUGUUGGGAUCAUUAAUUCGCUGUUUGAUGAAAAGUACAAAGAAAUUCCAAUGUUGGGCAUAUGUCUAGGGUUUCAAGCCAUGUGUUUAUCACAAGAUGCUCAGGUAAAAGAAUUGGAUGCUAUAAAACACGGUCAAAUAUAUAAUAUCAAGCUUACUGGUCCACAAAAUUCUAACUCAAUAUUUGCAGGCUAUCCCUCUAAUUUUAAUUCCACAAGAUAUCAUUCCUUGCAUGUCAGCGGCUGGAAUGAUGCAAUUGAACCGUUAGCGUUCACUAGUGAUGAGAAUGGUGAAGUAUUAAUGGCUGCUAAGAUUAAAAAUAAAAAUUGGUUUGGAGUCCAGUAUCACCCAGAAUCAUGCUGUUCUGAAUUAGGAAACGUUUUAAUUGAUAAUUUUUUAAGACUAGCAAACGAAAUGAACAUUGAGUCUGGAAGAAUUACCCUAAAAAAAAGUCUGAGGCAAGACUCUGAAUUAGAAUUUAAUAAUGUCAUCAAAUAUCUCGACAAGUGCACCAGCAUAGCACCAUUGUACCAUAUUGAUGAAAAGGAUAUCGCAAGCGAUAAUCCAAUUUAUUUAGAAGAAUUUUCAAUAUCACAGGACCCUAAUUAUUCCCUGAAGUUAUGUGAUGCCAUAAAUGAGUCCAAAUUCCUUAUGGCAUCCUCUUCCAUUAGCCAGAACAGAGGUGAGUGGUCAAUAAUCGCAUUGCCUAAUUCUGAUUCCACUGUAUUCACACAUUACGACCAGCUUCAUAAAACUACAAUCCACAAGUGGCAAGAUCCACGAUUGAAUACGGCAACAAUGAAAGAGUCAUUAUUGUCAUUAGAUGCAAUUAAUCAUCCAGAGACAAAUGGCUUAGAAAUAGUUAAUGAAGAUAAAUCUCAUUUCUGGAUAACAUUGAGUCAUUUCAUGAAAGAUAAGUUCGUUAAAAAUAAUCAAGAUAUACCAUUUAUUGGGGGACUCAUUGGAAUUUUGGGUUAUGAAAUGGGGAAUUAUGUCUCCAAUGACUUAAAUCCAAGUGAUAUUUUAAUCCCAGACGCAAAAUUAGUAUUCAUCGAAAAUUCCAUUGUAAUAAAUCACUGUAGUGGGAGAUUGUACGUAAUUUCUCUGAGUCACAAUUUCCCCAAACAUAUUUUAAAGGUCAUAAAAAACCUUGAUAUAGCAAAAGAACUGGAAUGGCCAAAAACACUUCCUAAGGGUACAACAUUUGAUAUUCAAAUGCCAAGUAAAGAUGAUUAUUCAGAUGCAUUUAACAAGUGUCAGGAAUACAUACAUAGAGGUGAUUCAUAUGAAAUUUGCUUAACCACACAAACAAAAAUAAUACCUUCUAUUUAUUUAGAGCCAUGGAAAAUAUUCCAAACGUUAAUUCAACAAAAUCCUGCCCCUUUUUCUAGUUAUUUCGAAUUUAAUGAUCUUGUCGAUAGCUCUGAAAACAAUUCAAGUCUAUGCCUAAUCAGUACUUCACCAGAAAGAUUUUUAAAAUGGAAUAAUGAGUUUUGCGAAUUACGUCCAAUAAAGGGAACUGUAAAGAAAGGAAAAAAAAUGACAACAGAGAAAGCAACUGAGAUAUUGAAGACUCCAAAAGAAUUUGGUGAGAAUUUGAUGAUUUUAGAUUUAAUUCGAAAUGAUUUAUACGAGUUACUAUCUCAAGUAAAAGUGGAUGAGUUCAUGUCUGUAGAAGAGUAUAAAACUGUCUAUCAAUUGGUCAGUGUCAUCAAAGGGUUUUUUGGCAAAGAAAGAAAUGGCAAUAGUUACUAUGGUUUAGAUGUAUUUCGACAUUCCUUACCUGCAGGAUCUAUGACAGGUGCUCCAAAAAAGAUUACGGUUGAAAUUCUACAGAAUGAAAUUGAAAAGACAUUAAAUAAGCAUGUGAAUGGAGGUGUCAGAGGAGUUUAUAGUGGUGUCACAGGGUACUGGUCAAUUAAUAACAACAGUGAUUGGUCUGUUAAUAUCAGAUGCAUGUAUUCUUAUAACAGAGGACAAACAUGGAAAAUUGGGGCUGGAGGAGCAAUCACAGUAUUAAGUACUUUAGAAGGUGAACGUGAAGAAAUGUUUACAAAAUUAGAAAGUGCAUUACAGGUAUUCAUGUAA